UUAAGCAAUUUCAGUCUAGUUUACUCCUCAUGGCUUCGCACAAUAACUUCCUUCUUCAUGCUUUCGUUUGGUUGGCCCUUGCAACCACGGCUUUUUCCUUAUCUUCCAAAUUCUAUGACAAGGUUUGUCCCCAAGCUUUGCCAGCCAUCAAGAAAGUAGUGCAGGCUGCUGUCCACAGGGAGCGGCGCAUGGGAGCUUCUUUACUUCGUUUGCACUUCCACGACUGCUUCGUUAAUGGUUGUGACGGUUCACUUCUUUUGGAUUCUACAUCUACUAUGGACAGCGAGAAAAAUGCACGUGGAAAUUUUAAUUCUGUGAGAGGAUUUGAAGUGGUAGACCAAAUUAAGGCUGAAGUAGACAGUGUUUGUGGGCGCCCUGUGGUUUCUUGUGCAGAUAUCUUGGCUGUUGCAGCUCGAGAUUCUGUAGUUGCGCUAGGAGGGCCGUCAUGGAAGGUUCGUUUGGGUAGGAGAGAUUCAACCACAGCCAGCAGGAUUCUAGCAGACACUGUACUUCCAUCUGCAUCCAUGGACCUCCCUGCAUUGAUCGACAACUUCAAGAAUCAGGGCCUGAACCAAAGAGAUCUUGUAGCUCUCUCUGGGGGCCACACCAUUGGGCUGUCACAAUGUUCUAUCUUUAGGAACAGAAUUUACAAUGCCACAAAUAUUGAUCCUCCCUUUGCUAAAGAGCGAAGAGCAACUUGCCCACGAGUCGGAGGCAACACUAACCUCGCUCCUUUGGACCCAACGCCUGCACGCUUUGACACUGCAUACUUCAAAAACCUGGUGAAGAAGAGGGGACUACUCACCUCAGAUCAGGCACUUUUCAACGGUGGCUCAACUGAUAAACUUGUUAAGACUUACAGCUUGAAUCCUGAUGCUUUCUGGGAUGAUUUUGCUAAGUCUAUGAUUAAGAUGGGGAACAUUAAGCCUUUAACCGGAAAGCGAGGACAAAUUCGUGUCAACUGCAGGAAGGUAAACUGAUGAAGCUGUUGUGCUCUGUUGCUCUCCAAGUCCAAUUUGUCAUCUUUUUUUUUUUUUUUGUAUUUGUUGUUGAAUAAGAGGUCUUAACUCUUCUAUGGACCUUAAGUAAAUUGUUUGAUACGUUGUAUUCAGUUCACAAUUGUUAAGUUCAAGUGUAUAAAAAAUUCUUUUGAUUUUA